AUGAGUAUUAUGGAAUACAAUGGAGGUUCGGUGGUGGCCAUGAUCGGUAAAGAUUGCGUAGCCAUAGCUUCCGACUUGAGAUUGGGCCAGCAGUCCGUCGGUGUGGCUAUGAACUUUGACAAGGUCUUUCCGGUCAAUGACAAGCUCUACUACGGCCUUCCUGGUCUAGCUACAGAUGUCUACACAUUACGUGAGCAGCUGCGAUUCCGAGUCAACAUGUAUCGCAUGAAGGAGGAGCGUGAGAUUACCCCCAAGACUUUCACACACUUGGUCUCCUCUACGUUGUACGAGAAGCGAUUCGGACCGUACUUCAUCGAACCUGUCGUCGCUGGACUUCCCUCACCAACAGAGCUAGACCCCCAUCCCAAACCCUUCAUCUCCACCAUGGAUACCAUCGGAUGUAUCACCACCCCCAAAGAUUUUGCCGUUGCCGGGACAGCCUCCAACAAGCUUUUUGGUGUUGCGGAGGGGUUAUGGGAGCCUGAUUUGGAGCCUGAAGAUUUGUUCGAGACUAUCUCUCAAACGCUACUGAAUGCUGUUGAUCGUGAUGCGCUGAGCGGAUGGGGUGCAAUCGUCCACGUCAUAACACAUGACAAAGUGAUCACUCGGCAGUUGAGAGCACGUAUGGAUUAA